AUGACGAUCAACUUCUACUACAUGAUGGGGUCACCACCGUGCUCUACCGUCACGAUGACGAUCGCAGCGUUGGGCAUCGAGUCCGAAAUUAAGUACCACAGUGUAGACUGUAUGGCAGACGAACAUCUCAAGCCGGAAUAUAUAAAGAUGAAUCCGCAGCACACUGUACCCACCAUCGAAGACGACGGCUUCGUUCUGUGUGAGUCUCGCGCGAUCUCCAGAUACCUAGUUAACAAGUAUGGCAAAGGCAGCGCUCUUUACCCUGAAGACGUUCAAGCGCGUGCGGUCAUCGACCAGAGAUUGGACUUCGACCUGGGGACUCUAUACUCUAGAUUUAUGGAGUAUUAUGUAAGUAUGUCGUGCAACAAUUUAAUCUGUCUGUCGGUCCUUGCAGAGUCUGACAGAAUAAAAUUUCGAUACAUCCAAACGUUUAGAUAUGCCGGGCAGUGA